GUGGAAUUCUCAGAUAACCUGCAAAGACUUAUAUUUUCCAUUUCCCGGUAAAUACCUACAUUAAAUCUAGCCUGACUUUCGGUUUUGGAACCUAUCAAUUUACUCCGAUUCCGAACAUCAAACGCGUGAGAAGCUAGCUACGAUGCUAUCUCUCCCUCUGAUCGAACCUCGAGAUUCCCACAUGCUGUGGUUCACACCUCCCCAUUCCCGUCGCACGAGCUACACUGCCCCCGCUGGAAACCAAACCACAAACAUCCGCAGAAAUGGCCAGUCUAGAGGAGCAUCACAUGUUCCUCCGACAUCAGACUCCCUCGCUGCCCUCAUGCUCGAAGAACGCGCGCUGCGAAUCCGCAAGCAGAAUAUAGCCUCGUUUGGGUACUCAUGGAUUCGGCCGGCGGGGUAUCCGAAGACCAUGCAGGGCAUUCGCGAGGAGGAGGCUGAAAGAGAGGAAGCGGCGAAUGCGGCGAUGGAAGGCGAGAUGGAGUUUAUGGGGGAGGUGGGGCUUGAUGGUGGCAUCGGAGGAGGUGAAGGGGAUGAUCUGGAGGAGAUGGAGAGGGAUUUGGAUGAUGAGAUCCCGGAGGCGGAUGAGGAUGAGGAGGAGGAUGAGUUUAGUGGUGGGUUGGUGGAGGAUGGAGAGGAUGGGUUGGAUGAGGAUGAUUUGGUCGAGGGUGAGGACGAGGAGGAGGUGUUGAUGGAGAGGGAUUUAGAUGAUGAUAUUCCUGAAGGGUUUGGGAUAGGGCAUGAUGACGAUGACGAUGACCAAGAGGAUGAAGACUUCGAUGAACAGCCUGAUUUGGAUGAUGAUAUCCCUUCAGCCUCACCUCAGGAAGAGGAUGUUAGUAUGAUGGAGCGCGAUUUGGAUGAGGAUGUGCCUGAACAGGAAUGGGAGCAUACAGAUACCGAUGCCGAGGAGGACGAGGAGGACGACCAAUCCGAUGGCCUGCACUAUUCUAUGACUGAUCGUUACUUCUAUCAAGCCUCACAUCGCCCUCGGUCGAGUAUAUCCACGCUUGCUGAGAAUUCUCCUCCCCUCCCACCGCCUCUCGUCCGUCACCGGGAAACAGAAGCACAGCGACUAUUUCUCGAACGAUGGAGCGGUGGAAUCGGAGACGAUGUAGAGGAUUCCAUGGCGGCCUUCCGAUCCAGCGGAAUGUCUGAACGAAAUCUACGUCUUCCAAGGAUUCGAAAUCGGAGACGACGUUCGACUUUGUCCGAUGAGUCUAUCAACGUUCCAUGAAGUUUGCCCUGGGCACAAUGGGGGGGAGGUAUUGAUCCUAUAGCUAGACGACGACAUAUUCCUCCCUCCCUCCCUUCCUUUUUUGAUUUUUUUUUUGCGAAGCGAAGGCGCUUGAGGCUUUUUAC